GUUCAUUAUGUAAAUGUCGGGACACAACUGGGUUGAAUCCCAGUCGCGUGGCUUCUCAUCAGUGUUGGCACUGACAGCAAAUCAUAGGGCUUCUACCAGAAGGAAGAAAUGUCAGAAAACGUAUACUACAACAGCUGCCAGCUAGUGGAAAUAAUGCCUGACUCAAGUGAGGGUGAUGAUGAAUUCCAGUUCCUUCGAACCGGUGACGAGGUGGUUCUGCAGAGCGUCUUCAUCUCUCAGGAUGAACAUGUGAAAGUUUGCCUCGCUGCUGAGGGCUUUGGUAGCAGGCUGUGCAAACUGGAAGCCACCUCCAACUGUAAGAAUGUUCCACCAGACUUGUCUAUAUGUGGCUUCAUCCUGGCCCAGUGUCUUUCCGUAAGAGCUCUACAGGAGAUGCUGGCACACAGCGAGAACCUGGUGACAGAGGGAGCUGGGGGGAACCAUCGCACCCUUCUGUAUGGCCAGGCUGUGCUUUUCCAGCAUUCCUACAGCAGCAUGUAUCUCAGCUGCUUGUCCACCUCUCAGUCCUCCACUGACAAGUUGGCUUUUGAUGUGGGUCUUCAGGAGGAUGAAACCGGUGAGGCUUGCUGGUGGACAGUACACCCAGCUUCCAGACAGAGGUCAGAAGGAGAGAAAGUGCGCAUUGGUGAUGACCUCAUCCUGGUCAAUGUGUCCUCAGAGAGAUAUCUACAUUUGUCCUUUGGCACAUCCUGUGACAACAGAGGCUUGGGUGACAGUCUGAUUGUGGAUGCAGCCUUCAGGCACUCUCUCUGGAGUGUUGCCCCAGUCUGCUCUGAAAGUGGACUAGCUCAAGGAUACCUGAGGGGUGGCGACACACUUAGGCUGCUCCACAGCCACACUGAUGCAUGUUUGACUAUUUCCUUGCCAGAACAGGAUGAAGAACACAAAAGAAUCAUGCAUUAUGAGAUUGGAUCCGUCUGUAGACACGCCCGGUCUCUGUGGAGGCUCGAGAUCCUGCGAGUAGGGUGGAGUGGUAGACAUACUAGCUGGGGACAGCCCUUUCGACUCUGCCAUGUGACAACUGGACGCUAUCUGGGCCUGACUGAUGAACGAGGUGUCAAUUUAGUUGAUCGGGACAACGCAGACAUCAGCACAACCUCUUUCUGCUUCCGGUCUGCCAAGGAGAAGCUGGACUCUGCAACAAAGACUCAUCUCGAUGGCAUGGGAUUCCCCGAGAUCAAAUAUGGAGAUUCCGUGUGUUACCUUCAGCAUGUCAACUCCGGCCUCUGGCUGACUUACCAAGCAACUGAUAGCAAGACUGCGAAUAUAGGAGGAGCUAAACGAAAGGCCAUUUUGCAUAGUGAGGGUCAUAUGGACGACGGGUUGACUCUGUCUCGGUCUCAGAAGGAAGAAUCUCACACAGCCAGCCUCAUUCGAAGCGCCACUUUCUUCUUCACUACCUUAAUCAGGAAACUUGAUUCUUGUAAUGGACGAGGAAACCUACAGCCCGUUGUGUUACCGAUGGCAAUCGUCACACGUAGUCUGCUAGAUCUAAUAAGGUAUUUCCAGCUGCCAGCAGAGGAGCAGAGUCACGAAGCUCGGCAAAACAGCAGAGCUGCAUUAAAGAACCGUCAGAAUAUGUUUCAAGAAGAGGGCAUUAUAGAGUUGGUUUUGGAGUGUAUUGACCAUCUACAUCAACACAGUCAUGCGUCGAAUCUUGCCGAGGCUGCUACAAACGAUGCUGGAGAAAGUUGGGAGAACAUCCUUGGGCAUUUUUAUGAGCUUCUGGCCUCUCUGAUAAGGAAAAACCGUGCAAACUGUGCACAUUUCUCUCGAUCGCUCGACUGGCUCAUUAGCAGACUUGACCGACUUGAGGCCUCCUCUGGAGUUUUGGAUGUUCUGCACUGCGUUUUGGUAGAAAGCCCCGAAGCACUUAAAGUUAUUAAAGAGAGGCACAUACACACCAUCAUUGCUUUUCUGGACAAGCACGGAUGCAACCACAAGGUGCUGGAGGUGCUGUGUUCUUUAUGUAUUUGCCACGGGGUUGCAGUGCGCUCAAAUCAGAACCUCAUUUGCGACAAUCUGCUGCCAGAGAGAGACUUGUUGCUGCAAACACGUUUGGUUAAUCAGGUCACCAGCGUAAGGCCCAACGUCUUCCUGUCUCUGGGGGAAGAUUCAGCGCAUCCUCGCCGGUGGUACUACGAGCUGGCGGUGGAUCACGUAAAGCCCUUCCUCACUGCGGAGCCCACGCACCUCCGUGUCGGCUGGGCUCUAACUGAGGGCUACCGGCCCAGGCCCACUGGAGGAGAUGGCUGGGGGGGCAAUGGUGUUGGAGAUGACCUCUGCUCCUUUGGAUUUGAUGGCCUUCAACUGUGGUCGGGUUGCGUGGCCCGCAGAGUGCGCUCUCCUUUUCCUUACCUGCUGAUGGACGGUGAUGUAGUGAGCUGCUGUCUGGAUCUCACUGUCCCUUGCAUUUCAUUUCGGAUCAAUGGUCUCCCAGUGCAAGGCAUGCUGGAAAACUUCUGUAUUGAUGGACUUCUUCAUCCCGUAGUCAGCUUCUCUGCGGGAGUUAAGGUUCGGUUUCUGUUUGGAGGAGAACAUGGAGAAUUUAGAUUUCUUCCCCCGCAUGGUUUCACACCAUGUUCUGAGGCUCUCCUCCCCAAGGAAAACCUGAUGGUAGAAAUGUGCCAUACAUAUCUCUUGGCUCAUGAAGAUGGGAAGCGAGAGCUUAUUGGCCCGUUUGAGCCUGUCAGUCCAGUUACCUUCACCCCUUCGCCAAUAGACAUCAGCAAGGUUGAACUACCUCUGCAAUUUGAGGAUAUCCGAGAUAAAAUUGCUGAGAACAUCCAUGAACUCUGGGUAAUGGAAAAGAUUGAUCUUGGAUGGAUUCAAGGAAAUGAGCGAGAUGAAGGGAAGCGACUGGAUCCAUGUCUGGUGGAGUUCUCCAAGUUGCCUGAUCAGGAGAGGAACCAGAACCUGCAGACUGCCCAGGACACCCUGAGGACUCUUCUGGCUCUUGGUUUUCAUAUUGGCUUAAACGAUGAAUGCACAGAGGAGAGUGUCCACUUUCUGAGACUCUCUAAUAGGUACGACCAACCUGGUGGCUACAGACCCGCACCAGUAGAUGUGAGUCAGAUUUUUCUCAACUCUACACAUGUGGAGGCGGUCAAGUUGCUGGCAGAGAACGAGCACAAUGUCUGGGCCAGAGAGCGUAUCAAGCAGGGAUGGACAUAUGGAGUACAACAGGAUGGUAAAUUAAAGCAGAGCCCGAAUCUUGUGCCCUACAGCCUGCUUGAUGAAAGGGAUAGAAGAAUGGGACUGCAAGGUGUCAAGGAUGCUGUUUGCACCCUGCUGGCAUACGGUUACAGCCUGGAGACCUUACACAAGGAAAAUAUCAUUUUAUCAAAUGGAUGCUUCUUCUCUAGUGAAAAGUGCAGAGUGUUACGUGCAGAUAAAUCUUUUGCUGUGACUCGGGGAAAGUGGUACUUUGAAUGUGAAUUGGUCACUGCGGGGAAUAUAAGAGUUGGCUGGGCCAGGCCUGGCUGCACCCCUGAUAAAGAGCUGGGCUCUGAUGAUCAGGCGUUUGUGUUUGAUGGAUUUGAGGCUCGGUGGUACCAUCAGGGUGGGGAACCUCUGGGGCGUGCCUGGCAGCGAGCCGAUGUGGUGGGUUGCUUGGUAGACAUGACUGAAAGCACCAUGAUGGUCACACUAAAUGGAGAGUUAUUGUUUAAUGACCGAGGAUCAGAACUGGCUGCUCAAGACUUUGACAUCAGAGAUGGCCUGCUCCCUGUAGUCAGUGUGGGUGUGAACCAGGUGGUGAGGUUGAACUUGGGCCGACAAGAAGGCUCUUUGCAGUACUUUAGUGUGUGCGGUCUACAGGAGGGUUACGAGCCUUUUGCUGUCAAUAUGGCUCGUGAUCCUUCACUCUGGAUGAGUUGGAAACAGGCACAGUUUAAGUCGAUACUUCCAGACGAUCCCCACUUGCAGGUCAGUAGAGUCAGUGGCUCAAAUGAUUCCUUAUCGAGCCUGAGAGUCUCUCAACGGUUGUUGCCACACAACAGCGGAGGCAGUGAAAUGGGCUUCUACCGUCUCAGCAUGUCCAUCCAGUGCGCCCCAGUGCUCACAAGUCCAGCAGGGGGCAUACUGUCAGUCGCACCCAGCUCUUUCUCACCAGGAAGGAGAGAGCAGGAGGAGACUGACUCUGACUUUGAAGUGCUGAUGAAGUCUGCCCACAGCUUCGCGAGUUCAAGAGAUGAGCUUGAGUACAAGGAUCACGGCCAAGACAAAACAUCACGACUGAAGCAAAGGUUCAUGCUGAAGCGUACCAAACCAGGCCUAAUCAGCAGCAGUUCCUCCGCUCGGCUCCUUGAGGAUGUCCUAGUCGACAAAGAAAAUUCUGAUCACCUCAUUCAGACCACUAAAUAUUACUACUCAGUGAGAGUUCUUCCAAACCAGGAGCCUUUCAAUGUUUGGGUGGGUUGGGUAACCCCUGAUUUUCAUCAAAGUGAUUUGACAUUUGACAGUGACGAUAACUACACAGUGACUGUGACUCUUGGAGACGAUAGCGGCAAAGUACAAGAGAGUGUGAAGAGGAGUAACUGCUACAUGGUUUGUGCGGGAGAGGCCACAGGUUUAUCUCGGAGCCGGCGGUGUGCUGGGUUGGAAAUUGGUUGCUUGAUCGACACAGCCUCUGGGCUGUUGACCUUUACCUCCAGUGGAGUUGAGAUGUCCACCUUCUACCAAGUAGAGGCCAGUACAAAGCUCUUUCCUGCCGUUUUCAUCAAACCCACCACCAGGAACAUGUUUCAAUUUGAACUCGGAUGCAUUAAGAAUGUGAUGCCACUGUCGGCUGGUUGUGUUCGUAGCCUUAGAACGACUUCCUCACCUCAGUGCCCGCCCAGGUUUCAGAUACAGCAUUUGAGUCCAGUUUCUUGGACGCGAGUGCCUGACAGAUCAUUGAAGGUGAUAAUAGACCAUCCUGAUGAGUGCAAUGGAUGGAGAAUCCAAUGCAAUGAUCCUCUUCAAGUCAUGAACCUCCAAAUCCCUGAUGAAAAAAGGUGUGUGGACAUUUUGGAGCUGUCCGAACUUGAAGACCUCUUGACUUUUCAUUGCAACACUCUCCACCUAUACUGCGCAUUGUGUGCCCUGGGCAACACAAGAGUGUGUCACGCUGUUUGCAGCUACAUGGACCAAUCCCAGUUCUUUUACGCCAUUCAGAAUCCCCACCUGCCUGGCCCACUCCGCUCUGCAUUUUACCAGCUUCUUGUGCAGGUUCACCUGAGCAGCCCUACCACUGCACGUCUCAUGAUGAACCAUGAAUACAUCGUCCCUUUGACAGACAAGACAAGAGACAUUACCCUUUGUCCAAUAAAGUCUGACAAUGGGAGAAAAUGUCCACUUCCUUUAGGCAUCCCCAGCAUUAGUGGAAGCACUUCCCUGAAACCGCAUGUACUGUUUUCCAGCCCUUGUUUUGUCAGCACUGGUGUGACGGGACAAGAGGUAUCCUGCAGUGACAGUCCAGAAAUUCCCCUGGAUAUACUCAAGAGUUUGACAGUGGAGAUGCUGACUGCAGCAGUCUGGGCUUUACAUAAGGGCAUUAGGGACCCUGUAGGUGGCAGCAUGGAGCUUCUGCUGGUUCCCCUUCUUAAACUGUUCCACACUCUUCUGGUGAUGGAAGUGUUGACUGAUGAAGACCUGGUUAAAGUUCUCCGACUGAUAGAACCGGGAAUCUCAUCUACAGAUUUAGAAAUGGUGGAAGAGGAAGAAGAGCGAAAAGAAGACUUAAAUUAUCCAAAACAAGGACUGCUCCAAAUGAAAAUCCCAGAAUUGGUUAAACUUGAGCUCUGCAACGUACUGAAUUACCUGUGCGAUAUGCAAGUACGCCACAGGGUUGAAGCUGUGGUGGCCUUCUCUGAAAACUUUGUAGGCCAACUGCAGGAGAACCAGCGCUUCCGCUACAACCAAGUCAUGCAGGCACUCAACAUGUCAGCCGCUCUCACAGCCCGCAAGACCAAGGAGUUCCGCUCACCUCCACAAGAGCAGAUCAACAUGCUCCUGAACUUCAGAGAUGGUGACCAACAAGAUACCAGUCCAUGUCCAGUGGAAACUCAACAGCUCUUGAGAGACUUCCACCAGCUCCUCGACAUGCACAGCUGCAUUGAAUUGGACAGUGCCUCAGAAGAAAGCAAGGCAGCAGAGGUAACGUUAAAGGAUCAACUUCUAAGCCUUGGGGCAAGAGUUCUUGGACUCAAGAGAAUGUCCACACAACUCGAAGAUAAUGGACCGCAGUGUGCCAAGUCCCUCCAAAUGUUGAUAUCUGAAACCAUGCUGCGCUGGGCUCAAGAGACUGAGAUAGAGAAUCCCAGCUUGGUCAGAGCCGUCUUCUCGUUGCUGCACCGCCAGUAUCAGGGUCUUGGCGGCCAAAUGGCAUCACCGCUUUCCAAAACUUACACAAUCAGCGAAGCUUCCGUGGAGGACACCAUGACUCUACUUUCCUCCCUAUGCAAAAUCCGAUCAUUACUCAGCAUUCGUAUGGGCAACGAAGAGGAAAAACUGAUGAUCAGAAGAUUAGGAGACAUCAUGAACAAUAAGGUUUUCUAUCAGCAUCCUAACCUAAUGAGGGCAUUGGGCAUGCACGAGACAGUAAUGCAGGUGAUGGUCAAUGUUCUUGGAGAGAAGGAAUCUAAAGAGAUUUCCUUUCCGAAGAUGGUAGCUAGCUGCUGUCGAUUCCUUUGUUAUUUUUGCCGCAUCAGCCGACAUAACCAGGGAGCCCUUUUUGACCACCUUAGCUACCUUUUAGAAAACAGUAGUGUUGGACUAGCAUCACCAUCAAUGCGUGGGGCCACUCCGUUAGAUGUGGCAGCAGCUUCUGUCAUGGACAAUAAUGAGUUGGCCCUCACUUUAAAGGAGCCUGAACUAAAGAAGGUGGUGCGCUAUCUUGCCGGCUGUGGUCUAAAAAGCUGCUCAUUGCUUGUAGCGAAAGGCUACCCUGAUAUUGGAUGGAACCCUGUGGAGGGGGAGCGUUACCUUGAUUUUCUACGUUUUGCUGUAUUCUGCAAUGGUGAAAGUGUGGAAGAGAAUGCUUACUUGGUUUUGAGGUUGCUGAUUCGUCGGCCAGAGUGUUUUGGUCCAGCCCUGCGAGGUGAUGGUGGACAUGGCCUCCUAGAAGCGAUUAAAGAAGCCAUCAGCAUAUCAGACGACUCAUCCAUGAAUGGUCCUUCCAUGGCCUACCAAUCCAAUGCAACAAUAGAUACUGUCCAGGAUGGUGAGGAUGACCUCAUUCAUAUGGGGCAUGCCAUCAUGACCUUCUACUCAGCCCUUAUUGACUUGCUAGGACGCUGCGCUCCAGAGAUGCAAUUGAUUCAGAGAGGCAAAGGAGAAGCCAUCCGCAUACGGGCCAUUCUGAGGUCACUCAUUCCCAUCCAGGAUCUUGAGGGAGUCAUUAGCAUCUCUUUUCAAACCCCAACGCUGUCAAAAGAUGGAGCAGUAGUUGAGCCAGAGUUAUCGACUGUGUUUUGCCCGGACCACAAGGCAGCUAUGGUUUUGUUUGUGGAGAGAGUAUACGGCAUAGAAAAGCAGAGUUUUCUCAUACACCUCCUUCAAGUUGGUUUUCUGUCUGACCUUCAGACGGCUGUCUCUCUUGACACGGAUGAUUUUGGAUCCACUGAUAUGGCUUUGGCCCUGAACAGAUACCUGUGCUCUGCUGUGCUUCCGCUGAUCACCAAAUGUUCAUCUCUCUUUGUUGGUUUGGAGGACCAUGCAGCACUAAUGGAUUCUCUUAUCCAGGCUAUCUACAGCCUUUCCAGGGCGUCAAGCUUAACCAAGGCCCAGAGGGAGACAACGGAGGCUUGUUUGUUGGCUGUUUGCAGUAAACUGCACCCAGCCAUGAUGCAGCCUCUUCUUCGACGUCUAGCAUUUGAUAUUCCCACUUUAACAGACCAAAACAAGAUACCAAUAAAGCUCUUGACCAGUCAUUAUGAGCAGAGAUGGAAGUACUACUCUUUAACUGGUGGGCAGGGGAACCAGAUGCUGGCCUCUGAAGAGGAGCUAGACUUAUCCAUGAAGCUGUUCUGGGGUGUGUUUAAGGCUUUGGCCAAAAAGCACUAUGAGCCAGAGUUAUUCAAACUGUGUGUCCAGUGCCUCGGUGCAAUGGCAGAGGCUCUUCCUCCCGACCUGUUGGACCCACACUGCUUAUCCCAAAUGGACAAAAACACUGAAGGAAACUUUGAUCCACAACCUGUUGAAACCUCAAACGUGUCUGUGCCAGAAAAGUUGGAGUUUGUCGUGAAUAAAUAUGCCGAACAUACUCAUGAGAAAUGGUCGCUAGACAAGUUUGCCAAUGGCUGGGUUCAUGGUGAGCAGCUAUGUGAGAACAGCAAGGUUCACCCGCUCCUCAAGCCCUACAGGGCUCUCGCUGAAAAGGACAAGGAAGCUUACCGCUGGGCCAUUAAGGAGACAAUAAAAAGUAUGCUGGCCUUUGGGUGGACCAUAGAGCGUACAAAACAAGGAGACGUGUUUGGCCUGCACACAUUCACAAGAAAAAUCUCACAGUCUGGUCAGUUGUCUUUUGAGGGGGCAUCUACCUUCAGCCCUAAACCCUUGGACACAAGCAACAUCACUUUAUCAUGGGAUCAGUGUGCUAUGGCUGAAAAAUUGUCUGAAAACUACCACAAUUCCUGGGCUCAGAAGAAAAAAUUACAGCAAGAGAACAAAGGGGGAUGCGGGCACACACUCCUUGUGCCCUAUGACAACCUGACUGCGAAAGAAAAGAGCAAAUUCCGACAGAGAGCCCAGGAUGUGCUCAAGUUUCUUCAGCUCAACGGGUACACAGUGUGGAGCAGGGAUCGCAAAAAGGCAGAUCUGGAUUUUCCAGCUACAGCCAACUGCUUUGGCCAUACCCUACUCCAGCGGUUGCUCUCUUACACAGAAGAGGCUCAGGAGCACAUGUUGGAGCUAGCGGUGAUGCAAGCCAGAGGACAGACCUCUAAAGGAGAUAGAGUGUCACAGCAACAUUCUGUUCAGUUCUUCCUUAAGGUCAUCAUUCCGCUUUUGGAAGAAUAUGUGAAAACCCACCGGUCGUAUUUCAUAGCUGUGUCCCUUUCUUUGGACAUAAAUAGAAGCCACGCCUCUAAAAAAGAAAAAGAAAUGAUUGCAAGCCUCUUUUGUAAGCUCUCAGCUCUAGUAAGACACACGCUCUUUCUCUUUGGAAAUGAAACCUCAGCUGUCAGGAGAUGCCUCCAUGUUUUGGCCCGGGCGUUGGAUGCCAGGACGUUAAUGAAAUCAGCUCCAGAGUCGGUUAAGGGAUCCUUGCAGUCAUUUUUCGAGGCGGCUGCAUCUGAUCUAGAGAUAACUGUGGAAAACCUUUCGGUGACUUCUGUCGCAUUGCCCCAGUGUCGCAGUCAACAGGCGAAAGGAGUCACCAAGAUUCUCAAUUACACAACCUCUGUCCUUCUCCCAACGCUCACGUCCCUCUUCCAGCAUCUUGGUAGCCAAAACUAUGGUGUUGACCUCCUAGUGGGAAGCGUGCAGGCAUCCUGUUACAAGAUCCUUAACAGCCUUUAUUUGCUUGGCACCAGCACCAGCGUCUACAUGGAAGGGCAGAGGCCAGCAGCAGGUGCUUGUCUUGCAGCGCUGACUGCUGCUUUUCCUGUAUGCUUCCUGGAGCCAGCCAUCAAUAAAAGCAACCCUUAUUCCAUUUACAACACUAUGAGCAUCACUGAAAGAGUCGACCUGGGCUUGCCAGUUAACAUGGAACGAAUGUGCUGCCUUCUGCCCUCCCUGGAGCAAGCGAUGGGGGAAGCAGAAGAGCUGACGGGUGCCGGUGCGGCCGCGCGGCAGGCCCACUACGGACACGUCAUAGACGUCACAUUGCCAAUGCUGUGCGCUUAUGUAUCCCGUUGGUGUGAAGACAGCCCGGUCCUCACUUUUGUAACUCCUCAGCACGCCAGUGACCUGAUGGGUCACAUACUCUGCAUCAUUUGCAACCAUGUGGGUGUGAGCCAGGGUGAAUGGAUGAAGGAGCUAGUGGUCCAUUCCCAGCCAAUCAUCAACAAAGCCCAGGUUGAGCUGCUGACGAGCCACUACCUUCCUCUGAUGGAUAAGCUGAGGAAGAGGGCAGAACAUGUGCUAAUGGAGGAGGAGCGAAUGAAAGCAGAAAGCUGCGGUGCGUCGGAAGCAGAAAUGCAGAUACAAGAGAAGUUCACCAUUCUCGUGCGAGACCUCUACGCCUUCUAUCCUCUCCUUAUUCCCUUUGUGGACUCAAAUCGGACCCUUUGGCAGCAACAGUCAAAUUCUGAUGCAGAGCAGCUAUUCAACAUGGUAGCUGAUGUCUUUAUUUUCUGGGCUAAAUCUCAUAAUUUCAAGUGGGAGGAACAGAAUUACGUCGUUCAAAACGAAAUCAACAAUUUGGCAUUCUUAGUCAACGACAACACGACAAAGCUUGACUUCCAGAAAAGAAGAAUGAAGAGGAAGGGUGAUCGUUAUUCCAUACACACUUCCCUUAUUGUGGCUUCCGUGAAGCGACUUCUCCCAGUGGGACUGAGGGCUUGUUUUUCCUGCAACGAGAGUCUCAUCAUGUCAGCUAAGAGUGCUUUUGCUCAGAAGAAACCUGAAGAUGAGAUUCGUGACUGUGUGUAUAAAUAUCUUUUACAUUCUCAGAGUCAGCCAUCAACAAACUUGCAUGGAUGCAACUUUAAUUCAAAAGACCAGCGUACACAGUGUCCCACCGCUGACUUGAAGACAACGGCAGACAAGAUACUGCGACUUGCUCGAGUCCUUUAUUACCUCGAUCAGGUGGAACAUCCACACAGGCUUAAAAAAACGUCAUGGCACAAAGUCUUAUCCAAACAGAGGAAGCAAGCAGUAGUGGCCUGUCUAAGAAUGGCCCCACUUUACAACCUCCCCAGGCAUAGAGCCAUCAACCUGUUUCUUCAAGGCUACAAUAAAUCCUGGAUAUCAGCUGAAGAGCACACAUUUGAAGAGAAACUUGUGGAAGAUUUAGCUAAGCUCAGUGUGAUGGAGCUGACGGGAGGAAGACGAGAGGGGAAACAAGAUGAUGCAGGACAGAUCGAUCCGCUCUUACAGGUCAUCACACUCUUCACUUGCAGCGCCUUGACAAAAAGGAGUGAUCUUGAAAUCGACUGGCUCUAUGUUACCUAUGUGGAAAUAAUGGCCAAGAGCUGUCAGAGGGAAGAUGAUGAAGAGGUGAAACAGGAGGUGCAAAGUUUUGAAGAGAAGGAGAUGGAUAAGCAGAAGCUGUUGUACCAGCAGGCCAGAUUGCAUCUCCGUGGAGCUUCUGAGAUGGUCCUCCAAAGCAUUAGUGCCAGCAAUGGGACCAUGGGCUGCAUGAUUGCGCCAACACUCAAGCUGGGCAUUGCUGUUCUUAAUGGAGGAAACGCCACUGUUCAGCAGAAAAUGUUGGAUUAUUUGAGAGAAAAACGAGAUGUCGGCUUCUUUCAGAGCAUGGCAGGACUCAUGCAGUCAUGUAGUGUACUCGAUUUAAACUCAUUUGAGAGGCAGAACAAAGCUGAAGGAUUAGGCAUGGCCACGGAUGAGCGCGCAGUAGAGAAGGUGAUGCCUGAUGAAGAGCUAACCUGCGACUUGUUCCGUUUUUUACAGCUGCUUUGUGAAGGACACAACUCAGAGUUCCAGAAUUACUUGAGAACACAGACAGGCAACAACACUACCGUUAACAUUAUCAUUUCUACUGUGGAUUAUGUACUAAGAAUACAGGAGUCCAUUAGUGACUUUUACUGGUACUACUCAGGGAAGAAUGCUAUUGAUACCCAAGGGCAACGCAAUUUUUCUAAAGCCAUCAAGGUGGCUAAGCAGGUCUUCAAUACACUCACCGAAUACAUACAGGGCCCGUGUAACGGAAACCAGAAGAGUCUUGCUCACAGUCGUCUUUGGGAUGCCGUGGUUGGAUUUCUUCAUGUCUUUGCUCAUAUGCAAAUGAAACUCUCCCAGGAUUCAGGACAAAUAGAACUUCUGAAAGAGCUCAUGGACUUACAAAAGGACAUGGUUGUGUUCUUGCUUUCCAUGCUAGAAGGUAAUGUUGUCAAUGGAACCAUCGGAAAGCAGAUGGUAGAUAUGUUGGUGGAAUCUUCAAGCAACGUGGAGAUGAUCCUAAAGUUUUUCGACAUGUUCCUCAAACUGAAAGACCUCACAGCUUCGGACUUAUUUCAUGAGUAUGACCCUGAUCGGAAGGGGUGCAUCUCUAGGAAGGAGUUCCAGAAAGCCAUGGAGCUCUCCAAGCAGUUUUCAAAAGAUGAAACUCAUUUCCUCCUCUCCUGCAUUGAGACAGACGACAGUGAAAUCCUGGAUUACGAGGCUUUUGUGGAUCGCUUCCAUGAGCCGGCCAAAGACAUCGGCUUCAGCAUCGCCGUGCUGCUCACCAAUUUGUCUGAACACAUGCCCAACGACUUAAGGCUGAGGUCUUUCUUGGAGCUCGCCGAGUGUGUGCUGACUUACUUUCAACCCUAUUUAGGCCGCAUUGAGAUUCUCGGCAGAGGCAAACGCAUAGAGCGUGUCUACUUUGAAAUCAGCCAAUCCAGCCGCACACAGUGGGAGAAGCCUCAGGUGAAGGAAUCCAAGAGACAGUUCAUUUUCGACGUGGUCAACGAAGGCGGAGAAAAGGAAAAAACGGAGAUGUUUGUGAACUUCUGCGAAGACACAAUCUUUGAGAUGCAGCUGGCAGCCCAAAUCUCUGGCUCUGACAGUGGAGAGCGAUAUGGGGAAGAAGAGACGAGUGAAGGCGGAGGCCAGGAGGGAAUGUUUUUAAUCUAUCAGUGGUGUUUUUUACUGAUGUCUCUCAUUUCUCUUAAAAACUUUCGUGCUCUCACGAAAAUGACCUUGAAGGAAAUCCUCUUGUCAGCCAUCACACUCCUCAGAUUCCUUUUAAUGACUGUGCUCUGGUGUGUUUGCGGUCUAAUGAAUGGCACAAUCCAUGUGCUGUAUGUAGCGUUUAUUAAUGGUGGACUCAUAGAGGAAGCCAAAAGGAUGACCGUAUCUGACCUACUCAGUGGUAUUCUCGAACCGACGCUUGAUGAGGUCACAGAGGUAACGAGUGGCGUAGAACGGCUAAGGAGGCGCUCUGACGCUUUCCUUUCUUGGAGGGAAAGCAAGCAGGCGACAGCCAUAACCUCCACAAGGGAGACGUAUGUACUUUCUGACAUUUUUGGGCUCAAAGUGAAAAAAGACAGAGAACAAUACAGACUAUCAACACAAGACAUCACAUGCAGUCACACGGACCUGUUCCACCCCAUUGAUUGUACUUUCUUUGACGGACAUCAGGGACAGGCUCACAUAGCUAGAGAGGAAAAAGAUGAACAAGAGAUGAUGCCUGAAUCAGAAAAAUGGGCAACAUGUGAGGAGAUGAUGACAAAGGAGGCUGAACGGAGAGAGGCCAAGAGACUCACUAAUAAAUCAGAGGAAACAGGAAGCCAUCUUUCCGCUUUGGGAGAGAUGAUAAGCGCUCAUCACAAGACCCUUCUUAACUAUUUCGCAAGGACAUUUUACAACAUGCGCUUGCUGUCCCUCUUUGUCACCUUUGCGAUCAACUUCAUACUACUUUUUUAUAAGGUGGUAUCAUUGCCAACAUCACCCCAAAAGCAAGUUGACACAUCAAUUGACUCAGUGACUGAUGGAGAUGAAGGUGAAGUUUAUUACGUUUUAGAAGAAAGCAGCGGUUACAUGGAGCCAUCACUUCACCUCCUGGCUGUGGCACACACGCUUAUCUCCUUCUGUUGCAUUUUAGGGUACUACUGCCUUAAGGUCCCGCUAGUGAUCUUUAAACGGGAGAAGGAAGUGGCCCGAAGACUCGAGUUUGAUGGCUUGUAUGUGACACAACAGCCCCCAGAAGAGGACGUCAAAGGCCAAUGGGAUCGUCUUGUUAUCAACACUAUGUCAUUUCCAAGUAAUUACUGGGAUAAAUUUGUUAAGAGAAAGGUGAUGGAUAAAUACGGGGAUUUUUACGGCCGUGAAAAGAUCAGUGAACUUCUUGGUCUGGAUCAGGCGUCACAAGACUUCAGCUCUGAGGGAACAGAGAGAAAUAGGCUUAGAAAAGAUGCUGCCUGGGUCACUCUAUUUAGCUCCACUGAUGUCAAGUACCACGUCUGGAAACUUGGAGUUGUUCUUACGGACAAUUCCUUCCUUUACUUGGGCUGCUACAUGGCCAUGUCAGUUUUGGGACACUAUAACAACUUUUUUUUCGCUGCCCACCUUUUGGACAUCGCCAUGGGCAUUAAGACCCUUCGCACUAUCCUGUCCUCUGUCACACACAACGGAAAACAGUUGGUCCUGACUUUGGGCCUACUAGCUGUGGUGGUGUACCUCUACACAGUGGUGGCCUUCAACUUCUUCCGCAAAUUUUAUGAUAAGAGUGAGGACAAGGAUGCCCAUGACAUGAAGUGCAACGACAUGCUUACAUGCUACAUGUUCCACAUGUAUGUGGGAGUGCGUGCGGGUGGGGGUAUCGGGGACGAGAUCGAGGACCCCGCUGGUGAUGACUUUGAAGUUGAACGUAUCGUCUUUGACAUCACAUUUUUCUUCUUUGUUGUCGUCAUCCUGCUGGCUAUCAUUCAAGGCUUGAUAAUUGAUGCCUUUGGGGAGCUGCGUGACCAGCAGGAGCAGGUGAAAAAGGAUAUGGAGACCAAGUGUUUUAUUUGUGGAAUAGGAAACGAGUACUUUGAUAAAGUUCCUCAUGGUUUUGAGACUCACACUCUGCAGGAGCACAACUUGGCCAACUAUCUGUUUUUCUUGAUGUACCUCAUUAACAAAGAUGAAACUGAACACACAGGACAGGAAUCCUAUGUGUGGAAAAUGUACCAGGAGCGUUGCUGGGAAUUCUUUCCUGUGGGAGACUGUUUCCGUAAGCAAUAUGAAGAUCAGCUGGGAUGAAAGGAAACCUAAGUGAUCUUAGGCCUCUCUAGAUAAUGUCAUCACAAGAAGCCAUCUGCAUUGAUGAUGUCUGGAUUAACCGGAAUUUGGUGUGCUCACUAUCAAUUAGGCACUUUGAUGUAGUUUCCCCACUAACAUUAUAGAAUAAAUUGUUUUUACCAGUGAUUCAAUGCCAUAAUUUAUUAUUGGAGAAAUGAAAGCAAAACGGGUACCCUUCAACAAAAAAUUGUCCUAAAAGUCUUUGUUUUUCUCUAUUGGGGCCUUUUUUAAAUAACAAAGAGCUGUAAUCCAAAUUAACCUUCACAGCAAUGUGUAUCUCAGUAAAGCUCAUGUUUUGUGAGUGAAGUCAUUUGUCUUGCUAAUCGCAGCCUCCCAACCCUUUCCCUCAGUGCGACAUCCAGAUAAACACUCUCCUUGUGGCAUUUGUUCUCUGUAUGUUCCCCAGCAUACUUUCAUGGGGCACUCCUUGCCUGUCUCGACAAUCUCGCCAGGAUGCUUCUUGGUCUUCUCAUCGUUCCCCCCUGCUGUCAGCUCAUCCCUCAUCUUCUGCUUUGUUUGCACCCUCAUUAUAAACCACCAUGUAGCGCACUGACAUGUCUCGCCAUGCUUAGGUCACAAUGCCUCCAUGGAAAUGGAUCGUUGAGCUUUAAAAAUGAUACAUUAUGGAAAACAGACUUUUUAAUGCUUGUUUUUAUAAUUGGGUUUCUGGAGUGCUGCCCACCUGUUAAGUGUGAAAUGAGUGAGACGUCUUGCCUUACAAUAAUAUCAACCUAACUAACUAAGUUGCUCUUUUGAGCAGCUAGCCUUGGUAAGGAUCCGGAGUCUCUUUCAAGCUACAAACUGACCACACUUGAAAGCACCAUUCCAAUUUUACGUACCGGUAUUUACU